AUGAAGGAUAGCAACGGCUGGGAUGGAAAGCUACGGGUUGGAGCCCACGCAGAAAUCACAAAUCCGGAAGCUCUGGAGGACCCCGAGUAUUCGGAUCCUGAGGCGCCGCCUGUUGAAGAAAUCGAAGCCGAUGAGGAUUUACUUGAAGAUGAGGAUCCGGAGACCGACCAAAUCGACCUCGUACAUUCUCGCAUAAGCUCGAUCCCCGCAUUGCAUUUGGAACGGUUUCCUAAGGUUGAGAGAAUAUGCCUCCGUCAAAAUCAAAUCCACCGAAUCACAUUCCCUCCAGAAAUCGCGAAGAACUUGGUCGACCUCGAUCUCUACGAUAACCUCAUUUCGCAUAUCAAGGGCUUGGAUGACUUCCAUAAUCUCACCAGUCUCGACUUGAGUUACAAUAAGAUCAAGCAUAUCAAGAACGUGGCACAUCUGACGAAGUUAACGGAUAUUUAUUUCGUGCAAAAUAAGAUUCAAAGGAUUGAAGGGCUGGACACGUUAACGAAGUUGAGGAACCUUGAGCUCGGUGGCAAUAGGAUCAGGGAAAUCGAGAACCUCGACAAAUUAGAAUCGUUAGAGGAGUUAUGGCUUGGAAAGAACAAAAUCGUCGAGAUGAAGAACCUGGACCACCUCUCAAACCUCCGAAUCCUCUCUAUCCAAUCAAACCGACUCACCAGUCUUGCCGGCCUCUCCUCCCUCAAGAAGCUCGAAGAACUCUACGUCUCCCACAACGCCAUCAUAGAUCUCAGCGGUCUAGAAAACAACACUUCCCUGCGGGUGUUUGACUUCUCAAACAACCAAGUUUCCAAACUCGAACACCUAUCCAGCUUGGAGCAAUUAGAGGAACUAUGGGCGUCGAAUAAUCAAUUAUCGAACUUCGACGAGGUCGAGCGCGAGCUGAGAGAGAAGAAGAAUUUGGAGACGGUUUACUUUGAGGGUAAUCCGUUGCAAACAAGAGGACCGGCCGUAUAUAGGAAUAAGGUGCGGUUGGCGAUACCGCAUAUUAAGCAGAUCGAUGCUACAUUCGUGCGCGUAUGA